CUGGCUAUGACUGCAGAGAUGGGCAUCAAGGCUAUCACAUGACUUCGUUACUCUGAACUACAUCUCCUCGAAAUUGCCAUCACGGUUCCACUGACACCAAGGUGCUAUGCUCAGAGUGGACAAGAGGAGGACGAUGCUGCUUCUUUCUGGAGGGAAAUGCUGAGUAGACCAAUAGAGCAUCAGAGACGCUUGCCUUCAGGUUCUGAAAGCUGCCUCAGAAGGACGGCCACUGUCACGAGUUCUGAGACCUUUUUUUGAUCCUAGGGUCUAACAGAUCUGAGCAGACCGCAGGAGGCGCCACCAGGACGUCUCUGCAGCGCUUGGUGGCCAGGGAGGAGCGAGCAUCAAUCUCUGCUGCGGGUCUCAGCCAGCCACCGCCGCUCCCGCCUGCACGUCUCUGUCCCCAGCGCAGGGCGCUUGGCUUCUUAGCCUUCCCCUGCGCUGUCAGCUUUUCUCUACCCUUGAUCAACCAUGGAUGUCAACUACCUGCUUUCUGUGCAGAGCCAUGUGGGUAGUUGAACCAAACUCUGCUACCUGCCUUUCUGCGGCCCUGCCUGCCAAGAGACACUGCCAGGAAUCCAGCAACGUGGAGUCACCCCUGAUGCAUGAAGUCUCAGAGCCACAGCAGAGCAGCAGCAGCGCAGCAGACAGCCUGGCUGGCUCCAUCACGGCCUGUAAGAAGGUCCUUCGUAGCAACAGCUUGCUGGAAUCCACAGACUACUGGCUGCAGAACCAGAGGACACCUUGCCAGAUUGGGUUUGUGGAAGAGUCUGAAAACUGUGCUUCUAUCUGCUUUGUGAACCUGGAUGUAAACAAGGAUGUUUGCAGCACAGAACACUUGCAGCAGAAACUGGUCAGCGUUUCACCAGACCUUCCAAAGCUCAUCAACUCCAUGAAUGUCCAACAUCCGAAAGAAAAUGAAAUUGUCCUCCUGAGUGGGCUAGCCUCUGGAAACCUCCAGGCAGAUUUUGAUGUUUCACAGUGUCCUUGGCUGCCAGAUAUCUGCUUGGUCCAAUGUGCAAGAGGGAACAGACCCAACAGUACCAACUGCAUCAUCUUUGAGAUCAACAAGUUCUUAAUUGGUCUGGAAGUGGUGCAGGAGCGCCAGCUCUACCUGGAGAGCCAUGUUUUGAAGCUGGAGGAUGACACAAACUGUUCCCUGUCUUCAAUCGAAGAGGAUUUCCUUACGGCCUCUGAGCAUUUGGAAGAAGAGAUCGAGGUGGAGGAAUGCGGGAGUGGCUUUGAAACUAUAAAUGUGUCAGCUAGUGUGCUGGAAAGUAAAAAGACAAAGGAAGCUACCCAGGAAGGAUGGGAUUAUCACAAGGAGAAGUUGCAUUGUGCUUUAGGGGAAAAACACAUUAAAAAAUACCGUAUGCCUUCAAUGAAAACAGAAGGAUCAAGGGAAAGCAUAGCAGAAAGCACAGCCUUGACAAGCCUCAAUCCUUCAGCCCAGUCACCUCUCUGGAAAAGUAAAGCAGCAGGGAACAAGCAGGUGGCCACCAACUACUCCUACCCUGAAAAUAUCAAAGAAGAAAUAGAAGCAUCUCAGAUGCUGUAUGCACCUAGGGAUGCUUAUCUCUCAAUGGUUAAGAAAGACGUACCUCCUUCGUGUGGUGCAGUCACUGAGCAGGGCAGCAAACCCAGAGACCGUGAUGCUGCUCAAACCCCUCUUCUCCCCAUUCCAAAAGGAGAAGCCACCACGGGAGAGUAUGCUACAAACUUAGCGGAAUCUGUAAUGCAGGAUGCCUUCAUCAGACUGUCUCAGUCACAGCCCACACUCCCCCAGGAACCAGCAGUCAGUUUCUCUGUGGGAAGGGCUCUGUUUCCCAGUGGAUGUCGCACAAAAGACAUGGUGGUCUCUCGUUCCUGGAACGAGCUCCCCAAAAUUGUCAUUGUGCAGAGCCCAGAGGGCAGCGAUCCUGCCCCCGAACCAAGUGUCUCCUCUUGGUCGGACAUGGACGCUUCUGUUGAAACCUCGGGCAUCUUUCCUGGAGAGGGCUCUGGCCGACCCACUCAGAGUACACUAGAGGUUGCUCUGGCUUGUGCCGCCACUGUGAUUGGAACCAUCUCCAGUCCACAGGCCACAGAAAGAUUCACCAUGGAGCAGGAAUCCCCAGUAUACAUCUACGCCCAGAGAGGCAGCGGGGUCCAGCAAACUCAAAAGCCCCAAGGACUCAUGGAACCUUCUAUAACUGAAUAUUCCUUUCCAUCAGCUCUGUGCGGAAUGACACAGGUGGCAAGUGCUGUCGCUGUCUGUGGCCUAGGCGAAAGAGAAGAAGUGACAUGCUCUAUAGCUCCAAGUGGCCUCUUGCCCACAUCUGGAGUUUCUGACGAAAUGUCCUCAGCUGUAAAUUUAGAGACAGAGAGAGUCCCAGGACUGGGGAAGGAAGCCAUUGCGGAAGCUCUGCUCAGGGAGGCUGCUCUGGUUUUAGCAAGGCCUGAUGCAUACGGCAGCCUUGGAGACCUCUUGGAGUCUGUGAAAAGGAGAAUCAUAGAAACUACUUCCAAAACCCAGAGUCUGUGCACAGAAAACGUCCGAAGGAAUGAACUGGCACACACCUUGUCCAAUAUCAUCCUCAAGCAUUCCAUUGAUGAGCUCCACCCUACCCCCACCGAGGAAAAACAUCCCGGUAGAACCCUAGACGCCUUAACGGACAGUGCCAACCAGCUGCUGCACAGCGUCAUCUGCUUCACGUUCAAGAAGAUAAACCACAUGGUCACACACGGCGAACAUUCUGCAGGCCUUUCUAAGGAGACCAUCAACUGGACAGAGUCAGAGCCCCUCGGUUGCCAGUCAUUUGAUCGCACUGCUGGUCAAGCACGGGCGAAAGCCUCAGCGUGCUCCAGCCGCCAUCCUCUUGGCGAUGCGCAGGGCACCGGCCUUGUCUUCAGCGAUCUUGCAGAGGAUGCACCCCCUAGGCAAAACAAGGGUGGACCAAGGCCAUUCAACAACCCUGGACUGCAGUCUGAACUCCCGUGCAGUUACCAAGUGCUUGAUGCCACGGCUAAGUCAUUCCCUAAGGAAAUGCGUCUGAAAGGAAUUGUGGGAGAAGACACAAGGCCCCUUCAUCGUACAUGCGCUUAUGAGGACAAUGAACAGAGAUCCCCUGCAGAACUAGGAAAGCUGACAACAGGUGAGGGCUGCGGCGGCUCCCAGGAAGCGGAAGACAGCAUUUUCCCAAACACCCAAGAGAAAUACACCUGCGCCACACCCCAAACCCAAGAAGUUCAAGUUAACCUGUCCUUGUUAGGGGAUGACCUGGCGCUUCCUGAUCAGUCUAUCCUACAGGCAAAGCGGUCUGAGGUCUACUGCAUCACAGACUUUGCCGAAGAAUUGGCAGAGACUGUUGUCUCCAUGGCAACCGAAAUCGCAGCAAUCUGCCUCGACAACUCCAAUGGAAAACAGCCCUGGUUUUGUGCUUGGAAAAGAGGGAACGAGUUUCUGGUGACGCCUAAUGCAGCCGGCCGUUCCUUGAAGAGGAAGAAGGAAAACUCAGGCGGAGGCGGCUGCACUGUGAGGAAACACAAGCCACCUCGCCUCAGCGAAAUCAAGAGAAAAGCGGAUGAGCACCCGGAGCUGAAAGAGAAGCUGAUGAACAGAGUCAUGGAUGAGUCUAUGAACCUCGAAGACAUCCCUGAUUCCGUCAGUACCUUUGCAAACGAGGUGGCCGCCAAGAUCAUGAACCUAACAGAGUUCUCCAUGGUGGAUGGAGUGUGGCAAGCCCAGAGCUGUUCCCGGAAUCGACUCCUCGGUGGAGACAGGUGGAACCGACUGAAAGCCUCCAGCUGUGAAAGCAUUCCUGAGGAGGACUCUGAAGCCCGGGUCUUUGUAAACAGCCUGGGUUUAAUGAGUACUUUGAGCCAACCAGUUAGCAGGGCCAGCUCAGUCUCCAAACAGUCCAGCUGCGAGAGCAUCACGGAUGAGUUUUCCAGGUUCAUGGUGAAACAGAUGGAAAACGAAGGGAGGGGAUUUGAGCUUCUGCUGGAUUACUACGCUGGCAAAAAUGCCAGCAGUAUUCUGAGCUCAGCAAUGCAGCAGGCGUGCAUGAAAAAUGACCACCUCAAUGUGAGACCGAGCUGCCCCUCUAAGCAGUCCAGUACAGAGAGCAUAACAGAAGAGUUCUAUAGGUACAUGCUGAGGGACAUUGCCAAAGAAAGCAAAGACGGCACCUCCUCCAGACGAAGCAGCCAGGACUGGACCACGGGCUUGCUGUCUCCCUGCCCUCGAUCCCCGCUGUGUCACAGACAGUCCUCUAUGCCUGACAGCAGGUCCCCAUGCUCCAGGUUAACAGUAAAUGCACCUGUCAAAGCCAACUCUUUAGAUGGCUUUGCCCAGAACUGCCCUCAAGACUCCCUAAAUGUCCAGCCAGUCAGUAGGGCUUCCUCAUCUGGACUCUGCAAGUCAGACUCGUGCUUGUAUCGCAGAAGUGGCACUGACCAGAUCACAAACAUGCUAAUUCAUGAAACAUGGGCAAGCUCCAUUGAGGCUCUCAUGAGGAAGAACAAAAUUAUCAUGGAUGAUGACGAGGCCGCUGAUGCCAGUCCUGGUCCUGUUUCUGGUGGCUCUCCUUUGCAAAUAGAAAAGUGCACAAACAGAUUAGCCCUGAGCACAGGACACAGGGGGCCAACUCUGCUUGUGCAGGAAUCUGUUGAUUACCAGAGAAAGGAUAUCAUUACGGAAGGCACCUGUUCCCCAGUGUCAUCGCCAAGAAGAAUAUCCCCUGUUACAAAACAUAGUGGUUUUGAUCCUAGAAGAGAAACGUCUUCAUGCCACAAUGCCAUCAUUCUCAACAGCCCCAGGCAGGCCCUUUGCUCAAGGGAUGUGCCUUUGAUUCAGAUAGAGACAGAUCAGAAAGAGGAAUGCGUUCCAGAACCAGAGCCCCUCCUUCCCCAAAGUGGCUCCCCAGAGGAAGCAGAAGGGUGCCAAACCAAAGAAACCAUCCCAGAUGUUGCCAGAAGCGCAGACACAGCCCUGAGCACCUCGCAAAGCUGUCGUGACAGCCUUGAGACCAGAGAGGAAUCAGAAGUGGAUGUCUUGAAAGAAGCCCGACCCCCGGAUGAGUCCCCGAACCCUCACAGCAGCAGUGAGGAGAGUACAGGCAGCUGGUCCCAGCUGGCCAAUGAAGAUGACAACCCGGAUGAUGCAAGUAGCUUUCUACAGCUCAGCGAGCGAUCCAUGAGCAAUGGCAACAGUAGUGCCACUAGCAGCCUUGGCACUAUGGACCUGGACAUUUAUCAGGAAAGCAUACCGUCUUCUCCCAUGAUUAACGAAUUAGUAGAAGAAAAGGAGAUGCUUAAGGAGCAGUCAGAAAGUGUAAAGGAACACGUCUCUGGGCUGCCAGGAAGAGCAGCCAGCCCCCAGAGGAGCCUGUUGGUGAUCAACUUUGACCUGGAGCCAGGGUGCCCUGAUGCUGAGCUUCGAGCCACGCUGCAGUGGAUAGCCGCCUCAGAACUUGGGAUCCCAACAAUCUACUUUAAGAAAUCUCAGGAGAGCAGAAUUGAAAAGUUUCUAGAUGUUGUGAAGCUUGUUCAUCAGAAGUCCUGGAAAGUGGGGGAUAUAUUUCAUGCCGUUGUCCAGUACUGCAAACUGCACUCGGAGCAGAAAGAGGGGACUCCGAGUCUCUUUGACUGGCUCCUGGAACUAGGAUAAGUCAAGCAUACCCUUCAAAGAAUUUCCUUCCUCUGUCCCAGCUUAGGUUACAGUGGUUUGCGCUAAACACUCUGAACUUUCUCAAUACACAGCAUCCCAUCAGCAGAACUAUUUCAAAAUCUGCUCCAGUAUCAUGUACAGGGAAUAAGUCUGAAAGAAUGUGAAAUAUGGCUCUGUCUUAAUCAAUAUCACCGUGAGCAUGGCCAAAGGGGCUUGUAUGAGAAUGGCUUCAAAAAGAAAUACUUCAGUGAGGCCCAAAUAGGAACGUUUAUAACAAGCCCAGCCUCCAGGAAAGCUACACUCCCAUAUAUGUCACAAGACAGAGU